GGAGGCCACUGAAAUUUAUUUUUGUAAAAGGAAUGCCAAAUAGACUUAGAAAUCCAUAGCAGCAAGAAUCAUGCAGGCUCCUGGAAGUCAUGUAUCUUUCAGGUCUCCCCACCAUCUGGCCUCUUGUGGACCUUUGGUAAAGAAAAGAGCCCGUCUAUUGUUCAAAUAGUUCUUGAAGGGAAGCAGCUCCAGCCGGCUCCCUGUCUGCACACAAUGCUUUGAGAAUUUGUAAUCAUCAUAAACCAGAAUUUAUUGAGAGUUCAGGAUAGGGGGCUGGGGCGGGGCGGGGAGAUGGCCCUGCUGGAGGUUUGGAGAUGUUUGCUAGAGCACCUGCGGCCUUUCCAUCGAUAGCUCUGAUUGGAAAGCUCUCGGGUCCCGAGUUUAUUGGCUCUACUGGAAUGGAAGCGAGAGAAGAGACUUUGCUUUUUCCUUGCUUCCCUCACUGAGGACCCAGAAACUGGACAUUUCCAUGACACAGUAAAAUAACCAUCUCCUGGCAGCAACUCUAACUCUGAGCUGCGUUUUCUUUUUGUUAAAAGGAGAAAGCAAAAUCCACCAAUUGCUCUUGCUUCCACAAGGUUGAGGGAGGAGGGCGGGGACUGGCAUUGGUGUAAAAGUCUGUUGACUUGGUGAUCGGCAAAUUCAAAUCUCUUUCUCAGCUCCUCAGGAAGCCAAGAUCUCACGGCAUCCAGUAUCUUGGAGGGUCCUCUGCCCAGACCUGCAUUUAGUCCGAGGCGUGAAAGUGGACCGGGGAAGCCGACGGGGCCGGGCCACCCGGAGUCGAAUCGUGUCACACAUCUGCCUGUUGACGUGCAUGAAAUUUUGCUUCUGUGAUGUUUUUCACUUUUUGCCGAUAACUAUUUAAUCAAAAGAACAAAGGCCCUCUUGAUACUGGUGAAGUUGGAAACCCGGGGCUCUGGCAGGGAGAGCAGGUUAAUUGAUCAUCUGCCUGGAAGACUUGAUGAGACAGGAUAUGAACAGGGGGAGGGGGAAGGACUGAAGGCUCCAAAGUGCUUUCUCUCUCUCUCUCUCUCUCUCUCUCUCUCUCUCUCUCUUCCUCCCCUCCCUCCCUCCCUCUUUCUCUCCCCUCCCUGCCUCCCUCUCUUUCACUCCUACAUCGGUUCAUGGAGCCAAGUUCAAAUGGUGAGCCCGGUGGAGCCUAAGAGAGACGGGCACAGGAAGGGGACGAGCAGCCGCUGGGUCCGGUGGAGGGGAAGCCUCGCAACCGGUCAUGGGGCGCUCGGGGAUCUGAGGGUCCUGGCAGGAGGCACCCUCGGGGAGCUGCCCUCGAGGAGUUGCCCUCGUCGCAGGGGCACCAUGCUGCUGCCGGGCGGCUCGGCGUGAAAAACCGGCCCGGGAUCCGCUGCUCAAUGAUUUUCCCCAGGAGUCUCCUCUGGGUUGUUCUUCUAGCACUGGGGGCUUCCAUGCUGGGCAAAGGCAACAAGAAGCGGUGCAGCAUUACCGAUGUCCUGCAGCAUUACAAAGCUGUGAUCUUCGAGGAGAUCCAGAUCUUGAAAAACCUGACGGGCCCCACGGGCUCCAGGAGGCGGGGAAGAGGGAAGACCGUGGGGCUGCCCUGCCGCUCUGAUAAGGAACAAAAAAUCCUGCUGUCCAUCUACACUAUGGGGCUUUCCUUGAGGCGCGAGGUGGCCAGCACCCAAAGAAACCCUCUAGGGAAGACGGUGUUGAGGGUGGCCGUCCACACGGAAUCUGUGAUCAAAGAAAAUUGCCGGAGGAUUCACCAGCAAAGCCAGAAACAAAUGAACAAAGAGCAGAAAAAGCCAGUGCUGUCCACUGAGCCCCCGAAGCCCCAGGAAAAGGGGAGUCAGAAAAGACGUCUGAAACAAAUGGUGGAGCGCUUUGCCGCAUGCUGGGAGAAGCUGUACUCGCUCCACUCCCGGCUAGAGGACACUCCGGGCCCCUAGCCCGCCAGCUGGACUCUCCUCCCGGGACGAAGCCACUCGGCUCCCCGCACCUGGUGCUCGGGACAUCUGUGAGCGAAGGGGCUUGCGACAUGACCUGAUGGAACUUAACCUCUCCCCGUUCCCACCCCUUCCUUCAAUUUCCUUAACAAACUGAGAGGACCAUCCUUGGGAUCUUCCUGCUCCCUGCCUGGUCUCACCAGGGGAUGAGGGGAGGAGGGGUGCUGGAAGCCAGGGAGAAGCCUCCACCCUCUCCCACCCCUGUACUGUGCUGACAUUUUGGGUCUCCCUUUGCCUGAGGCCCGGUGGUUCAGCUUGUGGUAUUUAGGGGUGAGUUUAGCAAAUGGAGGUGAAGAGUCAGGAUGAAAGCUCAGAGAGGUCUGCGGUGGGCUGCAUUGCUGAAGGUGCUCAAGAACCCUCCCAGAGCCUUGGAGUGAGGUCACAGAGGACCAGUGGGGUAGGGCUAAUGGAGCCCUGGCUAAUUCUUGCAAGUUUCAGCUCCUUGGCUUCCCUCCUUGUCAUGUCUCAGUUAUUCUCUCCUGAGCCGGCUGUUCCCUUGCCGGCUGAUUUGCCCCUUGCUUCCUCAAUGCCAGCAAGGGGGAUGAAAUUGGAAAAGUCAUGGGGACCAGAAAGACCUCAGUCCAUUUGAAAAAGAAUUCCCCAUCUCCCUGCAGGAUGGCUUCCUGCCGCACUAAGAUGCCUGUAGGAAGAGGACAGAGUUCCAGGAAGAAGCGAAACUCGGGAGGAAGUGAGUCUGGAGAGUUGGUAGAGGGGAGGGAGAGCUUUGCCUGAGGCCCCAGCUUGGUCCUCUGGACCUAGGGAAGGGGUUGCCUUCUGGGAAGUGAAUCGAAAUGGUUUCCGGCCUCUAUCGUCUCCACCUGGCACCCUAUCCUUCCAGGUUCCUCGGGGAGCACCAGUUCAGCAGCUUGGCUAAGAUGCUCUAAAUUCUUCUCUUGCUUCAGUUGGAUGGGAUUGUCAUCUUUCCUGAUACUGCCUGUCUUCAGCCUGCACCAUUUUUCAGUUAUGAUGGUUGCUGGGCCUCUCCUCAGAGUCGGCUGCAUCUCCAGGGUAGGUGAAGUCUUCCCAACAAGGUGUUGACCACUAAGCCCAGUGCCUGCAAACUAUCCUGGAUCUGGGUGAAUGAGUUUGCCACAAGCACAGAUGGGCUCCAUUGGCAAGACAAACAGAGGAAUCCUUCGGGAUUCAGCCGAAGUGGGAGGGCAGGAUUUGGUGACUCUUCCUUCCCUUGGCCCUCUGAGUCCUGUACCAGUCCUCCAGGGUUUGCAGUUGCUGGAGGGUUGGUGGUGGGGAGAAGAGAGAGAACGAGAACCAAUACACCCUGGGCAAGGGCUUGGAAGCCAUAGCGAGAAGGGCACGAUCAACAUGGGGGCUGAUGGGAAAUGUUUGGGGGCCUCCUGGUCUUACGUCGUCUGCUACAUGUAUUGUGAAUAAACAAAGUUCCGGUGCUAAA